AUGUUGCGACGAAUUUUUACUGCGCGACGUUUUCAUGAACUAUGGAAACGCGGAACUUUGGCGUUAAACCCUGUCAACAAAAUCCAAGUAAUCGGAGUUUCGCCAACUAUUCUUCCCUGUCACCCAAGUUGUCCCAUCCGGACUGGGAUUCCACUUCUACAGGAGAAUGUUGACUUGGACAAAUGGAAAUCCAUACUGAGGUCCCAGUCUUCCACGCAAGAUGAUGCUGAGGACCAGGAAGUAAGUGAUGAGGACGAAAUCCCAGAAGGGCAUUUACUUAACAAUCUGGUGGCAGCUCAGGAGCUGGUUGCAAUGUGGCGGCUGGCAGGGAAAAUGGUACCUAAAGAGAUGUCUGAUGAAGAGUUACAGAGCUUUGCAGACAUCACCACUAAGUCUGCUAGAAAAAAGUACCUGAAAUACCUGGCCAUAAGAGAAGGCCAUAAGCGAGUGCGUAAGGAGAAGCAACAGCAAAAGAAAGCAGCACGGGAAGCGUUACUGGAGCAAACCAGAGAUCCAGAUUCAGAGGGGGAACCUAAAGAAUACAGAAACACAUUCACAUAUUCGUCCUGGUAUCGCAGUCUUAACAAACUGCUGGGCUGGAGGACUAUCCAGGCCAUGUUGUUUGACCAGCCUCUGGUUUUUGACAUGAGCUAUGAAUCCAACAUGUCCAGACAGGAGAUUAAAAACACUGUAACCCAGCUUUUGGAGGUAGAAGGAUGGAACAGACGUGCCAAGGAGCCUUACCAUCUCCAUUUUUGUAACCUUCAACAAGAUGGAGCUUACAUGAAGGAGUUACUCAAGCGCUAUGGUGCCGAAACCUGGAACAACUUGCUUAUCACCAAUACAGAGAGACAUGCAGUUGACAUGUUUUCUCGUGACCACCUUGUUUACCUCACUGCAGACUCCCCCAAUGUUCUCCGCACCUUCGACCCAUCAAAGAUCUACAUCAUCGGCGCGCUCGUGGACCGGUCCAUUCUGUCCGGUUUGUCACUGGCCAAUGCCAAGCGUCUAAAGUUGGCUACAGCCCGUUUACCACUCAGUGAGUUCCUCCACUGGGAAUUGGGAGCCAAAACUCUGACCCUGGACCAGAUGAUGCGGAUAAUGCUAAGUUUAAAAGAAACUGGGAAAUGGGAGGAGGCUUUGGAAUUUGUGCCAAAGAGGAAACAUGAUGGCUUUCACCAGAAGCAGCAAAUCAACAACCGCAGACUAGAACAGAAUGGGGACCAAUUUUUGAAACCUACAGCCACACAAAGUAAAAAGACUGUUACCUACAAGUCAAAACGAGAGUCUGGGCUUACUGAUGUGGUCAAAAUGUCUGGACGACCUCAGAACAGAGAGACCAAACCAGCUGCAACCAGAGUGCGGACAUCUCUUAAGAGCAGCCUGGAAGGAAGACAUGAGAGCAAAAGUAGGAUGUGGUGGGAAGAUUAG